AUAAAGGAAAUUAUUAUGAAGGGCCUUCAAAAUCAAAACAAGCUUCUCAUUUUAUAACAGCCAUCCAUCUUUUUUUUUUUUUUUCUUCUCUCUCUCUUUAAAUCUCUCAUCUCUCUUUGAAAAUGGAGGUGAAUGAAAUGAAGGGUGUUGAUGAUUUGGCAUUUGGUGAGAACCCAUUUGAUGGAAGCUUGAAGAACAACUCAUCCAUGGUGAAGAUCAGAAGACAUUAUUCUUUUCCAGAGAUGAUGAUCAGAAGAGAAGAUGGAAUUCAUGAAUAUGGUGAUCAUGAUCAUGAUGGUGAUGGUGAUGAGAUGAGCUUGAAUAAUAACAACAACAACAACGAUCCAUCAAACGACUCGUGUGGUGGUUUUCAUGGAGAAAUAUUUCCCACCAUUAUUACUCGGCAGACGGCUCCUACUGCUGUCUUCUCCCCCAACACUGCCUCUUGUUAUAGCAACGAUGCUGUUUUCGACCCCGACGGCCAUCGGCGGCAUCAUCAGCUGACGAUAAUGGCCGAGAGGAAGCUGCGGAGAAUGAUAUCGAAUCGCGAAUCUGCACGGAGGUCGCGGAUGAGGAAGAAGAAGCAGAUUGAAGAGUUGCAAUAUCAGGUGGGACAGCUGGAGGUUUCGAACAGGCAGUUGUCGGAGAAACUGAUACAGCUGCUGGAGUGCAACCAGCAGAUUCUCCAUGAAAAUGCAGAGCUGAAAAGAAAAGUUUCAUCGCUUCAAAUAAUUCUAACUGAUUUCUUGACGCCAUUGAGAAAUUUUGAAGAAGCUUUCUGCAACUCCAAUAAUCGAGCCAGAGCCGAAGCUAAUUCCAACUCUAGCCACCAUUUGCCAAGCUAGCUCUACUUGUUCUUCAUGAAUUAAGGUUAAUUUAUUUAUCUGGUGGAUUUUGCUAUGAUCUUUUUUUUCUUCCUCAUCAUCAUCACUUUUAGUUUAUUAAUCUAAUAUAAUUAAUCCCAUCUGGAUAAUUUACCUUUAACUUUCUUCUGUUGCUUUUCAAUGUGUUUCAGGUUCUUUAAUUUCCU